AUGGCAUGGAAGAGCUCCCUGAAGGCAGCGGGAUUUGGCAUCGACCUCUAUGGCUUUCCCGAUAUGUUGGCUGCCGUGAGAACUCAUCAUGGAGAUCCUUCCAUCCGAAGAUUGUCUGAAGAGGUUGAGAGGCAUCUUCGAUUUCAGCCUGGGGACCUUUUUGGUUCCAAGGCUGGAGCACUCAAGCAGACAUCAUCCGCAGCGGAAGCAGCAGCUGUAUCGGAGGUGGAUGUGCAGGUGACAGUGACACAUCCCACCGACCGCGAUUCUGUGGUGGUAACGGUGCCUGGAAGCGCCAACAUGAAGCACGUGAAAGAAGCUUUGGCCGCGAAGCUGGGAAGACCCGAGAUCACGCGCAAUGGUCGAAUGGUCAUUGAGAGCCAGAAUGGGGAUCUAUUACCAGUGCCAGAUGGGCAGAGGUUAGGAGGAAAGCGACAAGUGUUGAUGGUGGGCAUUUCUUUGUCUGCGCCUGCUGCAAGCUUUGCAAAUGCAGUUCCGACGCCAGCAGGUCCAGAGCCGAAGUCUACCAGAGAUAGGCCGCUGAAUUUGGGAGAAGCCAAGGAAUUGCUGAAGGCCUUUCGGGAGAUUGCCAGCUCAAAGGAGUUCCAGCGGACCUUGGGCAACAUCCACAAGCAAGGUCCUGAUUCCGUGCAGAAGAUGCAGCCCAUGUUCAUCGGCCAGUCCUUCAACAGGACACUGGCCAUGUAUGAUUUCCCCCUGACCAACGAGGGCUAUCAGGAUAUGGCGCGAGGAAUCAGCAAACACUCCUGGAAUGUCCACGUCAAGGCACAAGCUCACGAGGUGGAACGCCUGUUGCGGAUGCCUCCCGGCUCUUUCUUCGGCAUCCCUGGCGAAGCGGGGCAGGAACCGGAGUACCCUCCUUUGGAGCAGGAUGAGCCCAAGGCACGGCCAAAGAUGCAGCCGAAAGUACAGCCAAAGACACAGCCUUCAGCGUCAAGCAGGUCUCGAUUCAUCGAGGUGGUGGCCAAACAUGCUGUGGACAAUUCGGAAGUGAGAGUUGAGCUUCCACAGAACGCAACGUUUUACGACUGCAAACAGGCCAUCUCUAAACUGCUUGGCCGAGAUGAGAUUCUCCGAAAGGGCAGGUUGGUGCAGAAGAAAGGAGGCGUCUAUUCAGCUUUCAAGGAUGAUGAUCCUUUGGGAGAGACGCGACAGGUCCUGGUCUUGGGCGCGGACCUACGGACGGAGGAGGACAGCCAUGACGAGGCUAUGCCACCGGUGCAUCCCUACGCCGAGAUGAAGCGCCCCCCGCAGCACAUCGCCACAGAGCCGCCAGGCCGGCCGCAGCCCUAUGCGGUAAAGAGCCGACCACAGGAAGAGUUGAAUGUGCCUCCCCCGCGCGUCAGCGAUUUCAGGGAUGGCAUGGAGACACCGCAGACGGCGUCUCAGCCGGUGCCGGCACGUUUCGAACCACAGACACGAGCCGAGCCGAAGCCGAAGGUGGUGGCGAAACCCAAGCCUCCACCACCACCUCCUGAAGAAUACGAGAUACGCAUCAAACAUGCGGUGGAGGCGGGUGAAGUUCCUUUGAAGAUUUGGACCAACUGGACCUUUGGUGCAGUCAGAGAUGCUUUGUCCAAGAAGCUGAAGAGGGACGACAUCCAGAAGAAGGCUCGUUUCGUGUUCAAAGCCGGCACGGGCACUGCGCCAUGGAUCGCCUUCAAGGACCACGAGAUUGUGGGCUGGAAUCCUGAUGGUAGCCGCCGCAACGAACUCAUGUUGCUGGGCGUAGAGCUGGAACCAGAGCGCGAGGGUCCACUGUCUUUGGAGCUGACUCAACGUCUGCUGGAGGAAUUUGAGAAGGCCUGUGGGCAAGAAGAGACGCAAGUGGCACUUCAGAAGCUGUUGGAUCGUGGUGGCGUGGCGCUGCAGCUGGGUCUGACUCAGCUGAUGGGCCAAGCCUCCCAGAGGGCUGCAGAACAGCUGCAGCUGGGCCACUGGAAGCUCCAGCGCUUGAUGGAUGCUGUGAAGGCGAGUCCGGCUCAUGGAAGUGACCGCAGCAUCCAAGAGCUCUCAAGCCGCGUGGAAAAAACCCUGCGCCUGGAGCCUGGGAAGCUCUUCGGCCUUCGCCAGGCGAGCACUUCCAGCACUGCUUCGGCCAUCAAGGGCCUUUUGGGGCGGAGCCAGGACUGGAUGUACAGGGUCAGGGUGGUAACUUGUGCCGCGGCUGUCUUCUUGUGCCGCAAACGGUGUGCCGUUGGGAAGUCCAUGAUAUACAUGUCAUUCUUACUGGAUGAAUCAAUUGUUUGUGGCAUUGAUUUUUCUAACACCUUGCAGGGGCACACAUGUUUUUGA